AUGCCGGGGUGCGCUUGUCUCCGCGUGGCCCGGGGGUCCGUGAUGGCCUGGCUGCUGGCCGGCCUCUGGGUCUGGGGGCUGGGCGGCCUCUGCGGGCUGGGGGCGGCGGCGCCGGGAACCGCAGGCUCCCUAAGGGCACCGCAGCCGUGCCAGGCGCCGCAGCAAUGGGAGGGGCGCCAGGUUCUGUACCAGCAGAGCAGCGGUCGCAACAGCCGCGCCCUGGUCUCCUACGACGGACUCAACCAGCGCGUCAGGGUGCUGGACGAGAGGAAGGCGCUCAUCCCCUGCAAGAGAUUAUUUGAAUAUAUUCUUCUCUAUAAGGAUGGGGUGAUGUUUCAGAUUGAACAAGCCACCAAGCAAUGCUCUAAGAUCAUAUUGGCCGACUCAUGGGAUCCUCUCGACAUUCCUCAGAACUCCACCUUUGAAGAUCAGUACUCCAUAGGGGGCCCCCAGGAGCAGAUAAUGGUCCAAGAGUGGUCUGACCGAAAAUCAGCCAGAUCAUAUGAAACUUGGAUCGGCAUUUAUACAGCCAAGGAUUGUUAUCCUGUGCAGGAAACCUUCACCAAAAACUACAGUGUGAUAUUGUCCACCCGGUUCUUCGACAUACAGCUUGGCAUUAAAGACCCCUCCGUGUUUAUACCACCGAGUACCUGCCAGACAGCCCAGCCAGAGAGGAUGAGUGAGGACUGUGCCUUGUGA